CGAAGAACAGGAUCACUGUUACUUAUCUUUUAGGGCCAGCUCAAGGCUGCAAAGCACCAAAAAUCCACCCUUCUGCCUGUACGAUCUACGAUCUACAAUACUAUGGAGUAGUACAGGCACUACCUGCAACAAAGAGCAAUUAUUAUUUUAAUUGUUUGCUCCCCUGCCCGUUGCAACCACAGGGCCUUCAUGUUUGGUCGACCAUGAGCUCCCAACAAAAUCCAGGAGACGAACAAGAAAACCAACCAGACGAGAGACGAACAAGAGAGGAACACCAGCGAAGGGGGAAUACCAAUGCAUCCAUGGCUGCAAAUAUCCCUACUGGUAGGCUUUUGUCUCGUUUCCCAGGAGAUGAAAAUGCUGCAGCUGCUCGACAAGCUUUGGGAAACCAGCUCUCGUCUGCUUCCACCUUCCUUGGUGAUAUCCCUCCAGGGAGCAGUCCACAGGCUCGUGGCUCUACAUUGGACCCACUGCAGGUCCAGCUUCUCAGACAAAGAGCAGGAUUAUCAGGGGCCACAGCACCUACUAAUCUCAACUUCGGUGGGGUGCCUUAUCUGCCAGAUUCACAACAGCAAGGAUUCAUGGCAGCACAGGCCCAGGCCCUCGAUGGCGGCUCUUCAGCUGAAGCACAACUAAGGGAAGCACAGGCAAAUCUAAGGGAAGCCAACUUGCGUCUCCUGUUGGCGCAGCAACGGCAGCAACAACACCAGCAACAGCAUAGCCAGCGAUUGGCCCCUCAAAAACCGGCAGCCAAUGCUGGCUUUACGUCAUCUGCUGCUGGUCCACAAAGCCUGCAUUUGCCUCAUUCCCAAGUCUCGCAAGCCCAUGCUGCUGCUCAGCCGCACCGAGACCGAGCAGCAGCACCCGCACCCACAGCCGACCAGCUUCUUGCAUUACGCGGAUUGAGUGGCUUUGGGGCUGGCUCGGCUCCGCUUCCAGCGCUGUCACUACAAGGUAACGAACAGUACCCGCAACUCUCUCAAUUUUUAGGUGCAAAUCCAACAGGAAACUCGGCUCUGACUGCGGCACUUCAUGUUCAACAACAACAUAUUCAAGGGGCAUCGUUGCGCCAGUCCAUUCCUGCGGCUCAAGCGAAUCCCGACCUUUCACGUGCUCAGUACCCACAAUCUGAUCGACCCCAACCGCCAGAAGAUGAUCAACCAGAAAUGAAAGAUGCCGAAUACUUCGAGCUGUUUGGCUUCAACGAUGAAGACGGAGUCCAGAUAAUCAACGAAACGUUUCCCCACAAAUUGUAUCGGAUGUUGUUCGAGGUGGAAAAGAAUGGCCAAGAGGACAUUGUGUCCUUUUUCCCACAUGGCAAAGCGUUCAUUGUGCAUGACCCAAAGCGAUUUGUUGAGGAAAUAAUGCCAAGGUACUUCAGUACAUCGCGCAUGAGCUCGUUUCAACGACAACUCAACUUGUAUGGCUUCCAGAGAAUAGACGACGGCCCAGAGAAAGGAGGGUUUGUUCAUCAAUACUUCCAAAAAGGGCAACGUAGUCUGUGCAACAAGAUCAGAAGACAGCGCGGGAGACCCCAGGGUGGUGCUUCCCAGCCUACAUCGGUUCUUCAUGCCGCUGCCACCGCCAGCGGCGCAUCCCUCGGUGCUGGAAGAGGAAGCCCACAAGAACAAGUAGCCGCAAGAGGCUUGCCCAGUAGGCCAGGGCCAGAGGUAGCAUCAGCUGCAGCAGCAGCUGCAACACGGGCUUCCAUGCCCCAAAGUCAACAGGCACAAGCCGUGCUGCAAUUUCUGCUGAGCCAGCAGCAGCAACAACAGCAACAGCAGCAAAACCCACCAGGUGAUCCCAACUCAAGCGACCGACCGCGAUAGCUCAGAUAACCUGAUUAAUUCAUUUGAGAACCCACUCUUCAAUAGGAUCCAUAGUCCACUGCGAGGAAAGCAUCAACAUGGGAUCGUCUGCAGCAAACGAAACGAAGGAUACCAGAGACCUGGUUAGAUCGCACAGCUGAGCACCCGACCCCUGGUUAGAUCGCACAGCUGAGCACCCGACCCC